AUUGAGAGUGCGACGGAGUUUUUCCCGCGUAGUUUGUGCUGUUGGUGUCAACGGUAGACGAAAGCAUUUUGUUUUUGUACUGUAUUAUGGAUCUGUCAGUGUAUGACUCCGCCAGCCUGCCAGACUUACUGCCACUUUAUUACCGGAGGCUGUUCCCUUUUUAUCAGUAUUACCGCUGGCUUAACUACGGAGGAGUUGUGAAAAAUUAUUUUCAGCACCGGGAGUUUAGUUUCACAUUAAAAGAUGACAUAUAUGUACGAUACCAAUCCUUCAGCAACCAGAGUGAACUCGAGAAGGAGAUACAGAAAAUGAACCCCUAUAAAAUAGAUAUUGGAGCUGUAUUUUCACAUAAGCCAAGCCAACACAACUCUGUGAAGUCUGGAACGUUCCAAGCACAGGAAAAGGAACUAGUGUUUGAUAUUGACAUGACGGACUAUGAUGAUGUUCGAAGAUGUUGCAGUUCUGCAGAUAUAUGUACUAAAUGCUGGACCUUGAUGAAAAUUGCUAUUCGAAUCCUUGACAGAGCUUUGCUUGAGGAUUUUGGAUUCAAGCAUCGGCUGUGGGUCUAUUCGGGCAGAAGAGGUGUCCACUGCUGGGUGUGUGAUGAGGCGGCAAGGAAGCUCUCUCAGGCUGAAAGGUCUGCUGUGGCAGAGUACUUAAGUGUGGUGAAGGGGGGUGAAGAUACAAUUAAGAAAGUACAGCUCUCGGAUCCAAUGCAUCCAUUUAUAAGGAAGUCACUCAAAGUAGUGGAAAGUUAUUUUGAGCAAUAUGCCUUGGUGGAUCAGGAUAUCUUGGAGAACAAACAGUGCUGGGAGAAAGUGGCGGCCCUGGUUCCGGAAGCUGUCCGCGAGAACUUGAAGCGAGAAUUCCAGAAAGCUCGCUCUUCAGUCGAGCGCUGGCAAAAGCUGGAUAGAUGUUUAAAUGACCCAGAUCUUAAGAAAGGCACCUAUGUAGCGAAGGAAAUCAUGCUGCAGUACUGCUACCCUCGCUUGGAUGUGAAUGUCAGCAAAGGACUCAACCACUUGUUAAAAAGCCCUUUUAGCGUGCACCCAAAAACAGGUAGAAUUUCUGUUCCUAUAGACAUAAAAAAGUUGGAAAAAUUUGAUCCUUUCGCUGUGCCAACAAUAAGCUUCAUCUGCAGUGAGUUGGACACAGUUGUUAAGAAGGAGGAGGGUGAAGACAGUCCUAGUGAGGGAGAGCCUGAAAUAAAACGGCGGACUCGAGACUAUAAGCGUACCAGCUUGGCGCCAUAUAUAAAGAUUUUCGAGCAGUUUCUAGAUGAACUGGACCAGUCACGGAAAGGCGAAUUAUUGAACCAAAGUGAUCUGAAGAAGGAGUUUUGAAGCAUCUCCGUGAACCAUACAAUGCUACUCGUUCAAAGUAAAAGUGGUUCACGAAAGCUGUUGUAUCCUUAUAAAAGAACUUUGAUGCUGUGACUGGAGACUAUAAAACAGUCUGUAAUGUUACAGAUUUUUUUUCUUUCAAAAGUGCUCCUGGAGAGAAAAACAAGAUAUCUUCAGGAAACCCCCUUGUCUUGGAUUGCUUCGCUUAGCCAUGUUUGGACAAGCAAGGUUGUUUUGUUUUGUAUGUUUUAAGAUACUUGUCAUAUAUGGAUUCCAUCAGUCUAUUUGUACUAAAUUAACUGUUUAGAGCCUUUUUAUAUAUUAAAUGAAAUGUAAAAUAUAAGGUCUGAUUUUCUGAGUCAUACUUUGACUAAAAAUGGGGAUGAGGAUUACAAAGUUACAAAUGUGCUUCCAUUUCAAAAUUGAACACCUUCUCAAAGUCAAGGAGGCUUGUACUUGAGUUGUUUGAAUGUAUUCAAACUAAAUGUUGGAAUAUACAUCUAAAACGGUAUCAAAAGAAAGCUCUAUCCGUCCUUGAAAAAAACAAUAUAUAAUGUUUGUGGGGGCACAAAAUCAAAAAGUAGAAUCAGGUAAAGGAAAAAAUGUGAAAAUACUGAAAGACUGGUUUUGGGGCAAAAAACACCCUUGGUAAAGAAGGGGUUAAAGGAAUCUCGCCUAUAAUAUGCAUAAAAGUGCAUACGAUAGCUGUCAAAUCAGCUCUGUUAUGUUUUUUAUCAAAUAAAAUCCACUUUAUGUG